UAAUAUAUUUGUGAAAACUUUCUUUUUCUCCAAUAUGGCUCCACGUGACGCCUUGGUAACCUUGUCUCUGGUCGCCUUUUGCGGUUUCGCCCUCACUUCGGCGUCCAAGUCCUGGUGGCAGACAGCCUCGUUCUAUCAAAUUUAUCCGCGUUCGUUCAAGGAUAGUGAUGGUGAUGGCGUCGGUGAUCUAAACGGUGUCACCAGCACGCUCCCCUACCUGAAGGAGAUCGGUAUUGAAGGCACUUGGCUCUCGCCAUUCCUCAAAUCUCCAAUGGCUGAUUUUGGUUACGACAUCACCAACUUUACCGAAGUGGAUCCACUUUUCGGCACUAUGGAAGAUUUGGAAGGAUUAGUGGCUAAGGCGAACGAGUUGAACAUCAAGAUAAUUUUGGACUUUGUGCCCAAUCACUCAAGCGAUGAGUGCGAAUGGUUCAUCAAGUCGGCGGCCAAUGACACCGAGUACAAGGAUUAUUUUGUCUGGCAUCCAGGCAAAGUGGUUGAUGGUGUGCGGCAGGCACCAAAUAAUUGGAUGAGUAUUUUCUCCGGUUCUGCAUGGACAUUUCAUGAAGGACGACAAGAAUAUUAUUACCAUCAGUUCGAUAAGAAACAACCUGAUUUUAAUUUUCGCAACCCAAAAGUGCGCGAAGAGAUGAAAAAUAUUCUGCGUUUCUGGAUGGACAAAGGAAUAUAUGGUUUUCGCAUUGAUGCACUUCCACACCUUUUCGAAGUUGAGGCUGAUGCGAAUGGUGACCUACCUGAUGAGCCUUUGGGGGGCUAUAGCCCUGAUCCAGAGGAUUAUGGCUACUUGAAUCAUAUUUACACAGUCGAUCGGCCAGAGACUGCUCAUGUGUUGUAUGAGUGGCGUCAAAUUUUGAAGGAUUAUCAAGUCGAACAUGGAGGCGAAGAGCGUAUUUUAAUGGCUGAAACCUGGUCACCAAUUACCAGCGUCAUUGAAUACUAUGGUAAUGAAACUGCAGACGGCAGUCAAAUACCCUUUAAUUUAAUGAUGAUUUCUAGACUGGAAAAGGAAUCCGAUGCCAAUCAUUAUGCCAGUGUGAUCAAUACUUGGUUCGAGUACAUGCCAGUGGGCAAAACGCCCAACUGGGUGAUCGGAAAUCACGACAAGAGUCGCGUUGGUUCACGUCUCGGUGAAGAGCGCAUCGAUAUCUUGAAUGUUCUUUUGCUCACACUACCCGGCUGCAGCGUCACUUUCAAUGGCGAAGAAAUAGGCAUGACUGACGUGUGGAUCUCCUGGCAGGAUACUGUCGAUCCACAGGCCUGCAACAGCAGAGAAGAAGGCUAUGAAGCGCGCACUCGCGACCCCUCACGCACACCCUUCCAGUGGAGUGACGCAGAGAAUGCCGGUUUUACAUUGGGGAACAAAACAUGGCUACCGCUCUCCACGACGUACAAACGAUACAAUGUGAAACGUGAGCGUGGUAUAGCUCUAAGUCAUUUGAAUAUUUUCAAGAAAAUGCAGGAAUUUAGACGAUUGUCAACAUUCCAAGAUGGCGACACAGAAGUGAUAGCACUCAACGAUCACGUGCUGGCAGUCAAGCGCUCGUUAAGCGGUGACUUCACUUACAUCACGCUCCUGAAUAUUUUUGGUCAGUUGGAGCACGUCAACUUGCAUGAACACUUCGCUGACCUGCCGGCAGUAUUUAAAUACGCCUUGAUUACGGACCGCUCUAUUAAGAAGCAAGGGUGA